UACAAAACGCCAAUAUAUUUACAUUCUGAUAUACCGUACCUAUAUUAUUUUGUUUUUCUCACUAAUACUUUGAAUAAAUUUUAAUUUUAGAAACUAAUAAAAGUCUAUCGGUUGAAGCUUGCUUCAACACAGAUGAAAUGUGGACUACAAAAACCUUUCUUACCAAAACUAAGCGUGGUAACAUAUUGAAGAUUGUAAGAGAACAUUACUUGCGUGACGAUUUAUUGUGCGGAUCUGCAGCAUGUAACACAUGUCCACACAAAGAUGAUGAAUUGGUAUUGGAGACCUCUCCCAAAUCUCCAUGUGCUUUGUUUGAUUUCCCACAUUAUCUAGUAUUGGAUACUAAUGUUGUGUUACAUCAAAUAGAUGUUUUGGAGGAAGAUGCUUUGACUAAUGUUAUCAUUUUACAAACUGUACUUGAGGAAGUGAAACAUCAAAAUACUGCAGUUUUCCAGAGAUUGCUGGAUAUAAUUUCCAAUAAAAAGAGAAAGUUUUAUUCAUUUGUUAAUGAACAUCACAAGGAUACCUAUAUAGAGCGCUCACCGGGAGAGAAACAAAAUGAUAGAAAUGACAGAUCUAUACGUAAAGCAACAUCUUGGUACGAAUAUCACUUGAGCAUAAAUAGCCUUGAUGGAAAAUUCCCAAAGAUAAUAUUGGUGACGGAUGAUGAAAAUAAUCGAAAGCUUGCCCAAGAAGAUGGCAUUAUUUGUUGUUCAAUUAAAGAUUACAUAGAAAACGUAUCUGGAUUUGUUGGUUUAGUGGAUAAACUAUCCAAGAAUGUAAUGCCUGAAACAUGCUCUAAAGAUGCAUUAUACCCUGCACAUUUAACUCCAUCACAAAUACAUGAGGGGAUCCGCUGUGGCCAACUGUAUCAAGGCACAUAUCAUGCUUCUAGAGAAAAUUUCUUGGAAGGAAAUGCCAGUGUUAAUGGUUUUGAAAAGUCGAUAUUAUUGCAAGGUCACAUAGGCAUAAACCGUGCUAUAGAUGGUGAUAUAGUUGCGAUAGAAAUUUUCCCUAAAGAAGAAUGGCGGAAACCUAGUAAUAUAGUUCUAGAGGAUAAAACUGAGGACCCUGAAAAUAUUUUAGAAGAAGAGACUGUUUUGCUUGAUGCUGCAAAACCAGUAGAUAAUGAUGACGAAAUCACCCCUACAGGAAAAGUAGUAGGGAUAAUUAGAAGGAAAUGGAGACAAUAUUGUGGAAUUCUAAUGCCUAGUAAAUUUCAUGGUGCAACGCGUCAUCUCUUCACACCAGCGGAGAAGAGAAUUCCUCGUGUUCGUAUCGAAACCAGACAGAGUGAGAUACUGGCCUCGCAACGCAUUUUGGUUGCUCUUGACUCUUGGCCCAGGAACAGCCGAUAUCCACUUGGACAUCUUGUAAGAGCACUCGGACCAAUUGGUGACAAGGAUGCAGAAAACGAGGUCAUACUGCUAGAGCACGACGUUCCUCACGCGAGAUUCAGCGAAGCCGUACUCAACUGUCUACCACCCAACGAUUGGACUAUACCUGAAGAGGAAAGGCAGAAACGUGUAGAUCUACGCGACGUGUGCGUAUGCUCCGUGGAUCCGCCCGGGUGCACGGACAUAGACGACGCGCUGCACGCCCGCAGGCUGGGCUCCAGCGACGGGCUCGCAACGUACGAAGUGGGCGUGCACAUCGCUGACGUCACGUACUUCGUGAAGCCCGACACCGCCCUGGACAAGGAGGCCGCUUCGAGGUCAACUACAGUAUAUCUCGUCGACAGGAGGAUCGAUAUGGUGCCGGAGUUACUUAGCUCGAACCUGUGCUCACUUAGAGGCGGCGAAGAAAGGCUCGCCUUCUCGUGCGUGUGGGAGAUGGACGAGAACGCUAAUGUCUUGUCUACGAAAUUCCACAAAAGUAUCAUAAAGUCAAAAGCUGCAAUGACUUACGAAGAGGCUCAGAUCGCAAUCGACGAUUCGAGUCGCAAAGACGAGAUUGCGAAAUCUCUGCGCGUACUCAACAAACUCGCUAAGAAACUUAAGAAAAAGCGAUUGGACAGUGGUGCCCUGUUACUGGCCUCGCCCGAGAUCCGAUUUCAGGUAGACUCUGAGACUCACGACCCAAUCGAAGUGCAAGCCAAGAAGAUAGUUGACACUAACUCAAUGGUAGAAGAAUUCAUGUUGUUAGCCAAUACCAGCGUGGCUCAGAAGAUUCUAGAAGAAUUCCCUCAGUGUGCCAUGUUGCGGAGACACCCGGCGCCGCCUCCUGCUAAUUUUGAUACUUUCUUAAAAGCUGCGAGACAACAGGGCUUCGAAAUCGACGUGUCAACGAACAAAUCGUUUUCGAAAUCGCUGAACGAGGCCGUGAUACCGGAGCGGCCGUUCUUCAACACGCUGCUGCGCAUAAUGGCGACGCGCUGCAUGCAGCAGGCCGCGUACUUCGUGAGCGGGAGCCUCGCCGCCGACCACUACUACCACUACGGACUGGCCUGUCCCAUCUACACGCACUUCACCUCGCCCAUACGGAGGUACGCGGACGUGGUGGUGCACCGGCUGCUGGCGGCGAGCGUGGCGGGGGCGGGCCCGCACGCCGCGCUGCUGGACGCGCGCCGCCAGACCGCGCUCGCCGACACACUCAACUACCGGCACCGCCACGCGCAGCUCGCCGGCCGCGCCUCCGUGGCGCUCAACACUCACAUUUUAUUCAAGAACAGAGUAGAAAUAGAGUCUGCAGUUGUACUGGCGGUGAAGCGGAACGCCCUGCAAGUACUGAUACCUAAAUAUGGACUGGAAGGACCUCUGUAUUUACCAUCUGAAAAAUUCACGUAUAAUGAAGAGGAACACGUUCAGAAAUGCGGGGACGUCGUGCUGAAGACGUUCGACGAGCUAACGGUCCGUCUCAGCUUGGACAGCUCGAAUCUUCAGCACAGGAAACUCGUGUUCGAGCUGGUCGAGCCGCACGUGCCCGGCUUCAGCUACGUGCCAGACGCGGGGAACAUGGAAGUCGACGACGUCGCAGAAACAGCAGCGCCAAGCUCGGAAAAGACUCACAAGAAGAGAGAGAUCCCAGCCGCCGCUGCUGCACCGAAACCCAGUAAAAAGAGGAAAUCCAGAAGGAAAUGAGGUGUGAAAUAAAAUACAAAAUGUAAUAAAAUAUGUUUUUUUAUAUUGUGAA